GUUGCUUUUUCAUUUCUUUUGACCGUUAGUUUUGGUUUGAAUCGUUGUGUUUUCGGCUCCAAUUUUCAUUGUGUUGAAAAAGGAUAAAUUUUAAGCCUAAUCAUCAAGAUGGGAAAAUGGGCGGCAAAACUCGCUAAAUCAAUGAGUAGGUCACCUCAGCGUAAUAGGGAACGUCGUGAUAGGGAACGGCGUGAUAGGGAAAGGCGUGAUAGGGAAAGGCGUAAUAGGAUGUCUUUGUCUGUGUCUAUGUCACCCAUGAGAUUUUCUUCUCCAAGUACUAGUCAAGGAAGACAUCGAUCACCAAUGGGGUUGGCGCCCAUCGUUAGACCGAAGCUGAGCCGAGAAUUAGAACUGUGUGGCCGUGCUCAAAGAUCUAGAAGUCUACCAGAUCGAUACAGUUCGGUGGACUUUAGGAGGGCUUUAGGGACUGGGAGGUCCAGGAGGUCAACUCGUGCACCCUCAAGGGAAUUGGUCCGGCAACCAGAACCGAUUGCAGGGCCAAGUACCUCACCUAGGCCAUCUGCUUCAUCUAGGUCAUCUGCCUCACCUAGGCCAUCUGCUUCAUCUAGGUCAUCUGCCUCACCUAGGCCAUCUGCUUCACCUAGGUCAUCUGCCUCAUCUAGGGCAUCUGCCUCACCUAGGUCAUCUGCUUCACUUAGGAAAUCUGCCUCACCUAGGUCAUCUGCCUCACCUAGGAAAUCUGCAUCACCUAGGUCAUCUGCCUCAUCUAGGAAAUCUGCAUCACCUAGGUCAUCUGUCUCACCUAGAAAAUCUGCCUCACCUAGGCCAUCUACAUCAUCGACUGUUUCUACCCAGUCACAUUGGAAAAUUUUCGCUUGGGGGUUAGGCGAAAUCGACGUAGACGCUCUACGUCAACAACUAUUACGUUAUGGGCCCGUCCAAAACGUCUCCGUUUACCCCAACCCACGCAAAAAUAAUAACGAAGCCGAUAUUUACUUUAAAACCAAGAAAAGCGCCCUAGCAGUACUUCGUGCCAUUCGUUUGGGCAAAUUUUACGACGCCUUUAAAUUGUCUUCGGCCGUUAUGGGACCAGCUGCUAAUAAACUUAGAAAGAAUCGUCGAAAUAAAUAAGUAUUUAUAUUUUGUAUUGAAAAGUACUAAAAGUUUUUUCGUUCGCCCACUUUAUUUUUGAGGCAAUUUGUGUUAAUAAAAGUAUUAUUUAUAAAUAAUUUUCGAUAGGUUUAGGUCUUAAUUACGUAUCUUAU